AUGGCCGCUACUGGAACGUUCCGCAUGGUGUCUGAGGAGGAGCAGGCACUCCGCGCUAAGCUUGAGCAUCUGACCGUAAAGGACCACGGGCCUGUGUAUGGGCCAUGUAAGAAGCUGCCAGACCACACAGUACAAAAGGCAAAGGAUGAGUUAAACGAGACGGAAGAGAGACGUGUAUCCUCAGUGAAGGAGCUGAGAGCUAUGAUCAAAGAGAAGGCAGCGGAGGAAGACGACUUGGCCAAGGCUGUGCAAGAGAAAUUUGGGGACAAACCUGAUGCCCUGUUGCUGAGGUUCAUCCGCGCCCGCAAGUUUGAUGUUUCUAGAGCGCAUGAGCUCAUGAAGGGUUAUGUACGUUUCAGACAAGACUACCCUGAGCUGUUUGAAAACCUGACACCAGAGGCAGUGCGCAGUACUAUUGAGGCUGGUUACCCACGAAUCCUCUCAAGCCGUGAUAAAUUUGGUCGAGUUGUGCUGCUUUUCAACAUUGAGAACUGGGACUUAGAGGAGGUCACUUUUGAUGAGACAUUGCGUGCAUACUGUGUCAUCCUGGAGAAAUUGCUAGAAAAUGAGGAAACCCAGAUCAAUGGUUUCUGCCUCAUAGAGAACUUUAAGGGUUUCACUAUGCAACAUGCAUCUGGUAUCAAACACACAGAGCUCAAGAAGAUGGUUGACAUGCUGCAGGAUUCCUUCCCUGCCCGUUUCAAGGCUGUGCAUGUGACUCAUCAACCCUGGUACUUCACAACCACUUACAAUGUAGUCAAGCCUUUCAUGAAGAGUAAACUGCUGGAGAGGGUUUUUGUUCAUGGUGAUGAACUGGAUGGCUACUUCAGGGACUUCGAUCCUGAAAUCCUUCCACCAGACUUCGAUGGGACGGGUCCAAACUGUGAUGGCAGAGAAACAGCGGUAAAGCUGUUUGGGUCAGAAGACACGGCCCUUUAA